GUGAGCUCCCUGCCCCUGCAGCUGACAGCACAAAUCCCAGAUCCCAAGGCUGCUAGCCUGUGAGGUCCUGGCUACUUCCACCGUCCACAUGUCCUCUCCCUGCUGCAGAGAAGGCCUGCGUCCUAAUAAAGUCCCAUCAAACAAGGAUGGACAUGCAUGCCUUGCAGCCUGUCCUUCUUGAAAGUGGGAAGGGUUGGGGCCUUGCAAGUGGUCUCACCCAGAUGCCCAGGCCUUGGCCCCUGAGGCUGUUCUGGGUCCCGAAGUCAGUGGUGGGGCAGAGGGAAAGCAAGCCUUUGCGCUGUGGUUUCCAAUCCUGAGGACAGCGAAGCCGGCCGGGUGGCUGUCAGGGUGGGACUUGGACCCUGAGCUCCGCCCUAGGGCUCCGCCACCAACCCCUGGAGUUACAUAAGGUGGGCAGUCUGCGUUAAAGAAUAACCUGCUCCAGGAGACGCGGCUCCUUCCUGGCUCUGGCAGUUCCUCGAGCACACUGGUGGGGAAGCGGCCGUCCCAGGCAGCGGAACGCGAAAGCGCCCAGAGCUGGCCAGGCUAGGAGCUGUAGGGCGCCGGGCGGCCCCCUUAGCUGGCCCGCGCCGGAGCGCGGUGCCGAGGGUGGGCGGCAGCCCAGCGCGGGCCAGUGGGAGGCAGCGGGCAGGGCCCCCGGCCACUGAGUGUUGAUGCGCCCGCUGGCCAAUAGGCGCGCGCGCCGGGGCGGGGGGCGUGGCCGGCCGCGCGGCCUCUGGGCGGCGCAGCACGAAGCGGGCAGCGCGGGAUCCAGGGCGGGGGUCUGCGGCCCCGCCAGCCCGGCCCGGCCCGGGGCCGCGUCCUGAGAGUCUGUCCUCGCCGCUGCAGCCUAGGCAGCCGGCCGGCUAUGGAAACCAAGCUCUCCCCGGGUCCGAGUCUCGGCUGCGAGCGCCCCCAGCUCCGCGCUGGUGGUCCGGACCCCAGUGCGCUGCGGGCCGAGGCGCCGUGGCUGGGUGUGCAGGGCUCGGGCCCGCGCGCCGCGCCCGUGACGGUGCCGGCGCCGCCACAGGGUCCUUCUAUGGGCGGCGGCUUUGCGGGCUUGGAGUUCGCGCUGCCGCAGGAGCCUCAGGCUGCAGACCUAGGGACCCCGGGGACGUGGGCGGGGGCGGCAGGGCUCCCGACGCCGUCGGUGCAUAUUCCGGUGCCAGCGCAGAGAUCCCCCCCAGGAAAAGCUCGACUAGAUGAGGUCAUGGCUGCUGCAGCCCUUACAAGCCUGUCUACUAGCCCACUCUAUCUGGGGGCCCCUGCUGUAGUCUUCAGCCCAGAGCCUGGUUUGGAACCCUGGAGGGAGGCCCUGGUGCAGCCCACGGGCAGCUACAGCAGCAGCAGCAACAGUGGAGACUGGGGCUGGGACCUGGCCAGCGACCAGUCCUCCCCAUCCACCCCAUCGCCCCCACUGCCCCCUGAGACAGCCCACUUUCUGUUUGGGGAGCCCACCCCAAGGAAGCGGAAGGUGAGCUGGGGGAGCCCAGGGCGGGUGGACAUGGGUGCUGCUCCUGACACACACCCUGUUGCCCAGAGCUCGGUCCAGGUGGUGUUCCAGUGCCUGUGGAAGAGCUGCGGGAAGGUGCUGCACACAGCCUCCGCCAUACAGAGACACAUCCGCCUGGUGCACCUGGGCAGGAGACAGGCAGAGCCUGAGCACAGUGAUGGUGAGGAGGACUUCUACUACACAGAGCUGGACAUUGGUGUGGACAAGCUGACUGAUGGGCUGUCCAGCUUGACCCCAGCAUCCCCUGAAGCCCCUGUGCCACCCACCUUCCCCCGCCUGGACCUGCCUAGUCUGCUGCGGCCCCUGGCCCUGCCCCUGCCCCCUGUGCUUAGCUCUGCAGCUCCCCUCCAGACAUGCCACAGUGACCACACCCACCAGGCCGGGGAGGCCACAGGUGACAGCUGGGAGCAAGUCUCAGGGCACUCUGGAGAGGAGCGAAGUCCAGGUUGCAGCUCCCCCCAGGGCUACCUGGCACCAGUCCACGUGGACGCACAGCCCACCGAGGGCCGGGCCACUAUGCCAGCCCUGCCCCCUAAGCUUGGUGCCAACUUGAGGAAGCCACGUGGUGAUGCCAAGAAGUGCCGGAAGGUGUACGGCAUGGACCACCGGGACCUGUGGUGCACGGCCUGCCGCUGGAAGAAGGCUUGUCAGAGGUUCCUGGACUGAGCCCCGCGCUGCUGCCCAGCCUCCUGACUGCAGGCCCCAGGCCUGGCCUUGCCCAGCUGCAGGCUGCUUUCUAAUGCAGGAGAAAGCAAGGGAGCUAGUGGCCCUGGACCCCAGAGGCAGGGGAGGGUUCUGCUCUUCAGAGAGCCUCUGAAGAAGCCAGCGUGGUUGCACUAAAGCCAGAUGACAUCACUGUCCCCUUGGACCCAGGGCUGCUGCCCCCUGCCUGUUGGCCCAGGACUGGUCAAGGAUGUCAAGGAUGUUGGCAGGCCAGCUGUGGGGGCCAGUCCAAGAGGCACUUUGAGGGGUGUUGAGAGGGGACUCCCAUGCUUGCACUUAAUGCCAUGGUUUGGGGGCCAGGGCUGACAUUUUACCAUGUUUCUGAAGCUCAGGUGUCUCACGUCUGGGCCACCAGGCGAGGAGAAAAAUUAAAAAUUGGGGGUUUUUCCAGAAGCUGAGUCUGCCUCCUGGAGGAAAGGAAUGGGUCCAGGACCCUGUGGGCAGGGAUGCGGGAGGCCACAGGGCUGGGUCUCCAGUCUGGGCCCCUCUAUCCAAGGUGAGGCCGAAGAGGGGCGCUGUCUGAAACACAGGAGGCGUCUGCUGGGAGCAGCAAUUUCCCAAUUUAUUGAAAGUGAUCGCUUUUCAAGAAUGUCUAUGCUAAUCCCGUCACAGAAAGGAACCCACAGGCAGGCCUGGAGCUGUGGAGGCAAACAAGAAGCCCCCAGACCCUCUGUAGAGAAGAGAAGGUGAUGCUGGCCUGGCCUGUGGCUGCAGGAAGCCGGGCAGCAGCUGUAAUUCUCCACCAACAGACUGAAGAGCCUCCCCAAAUAUUAAAUACAUCUUCAGUACAAACACAGGUUUAUGAUGAUGUAUAAAGUCAAUAUAAUAGAGCAUCCCGAGGAAAAAAUCAACAGUCUCCAAACA